AUGUUUUCAGGCUUUGGUUUCGGUAAUACUGGCUCUGUUCCUAUUCCUCAGGAAUUUGAGGAUUUUUUCAGAUGCUACCCUAUUGCUAUGAUGAAUGAUAGAAUAAGGAAAGAUGAUGCCAAUUUUGGUGGCAAGAUAUUCUUGCCACCUAGCGCCCUAAAUAGGCUAUCAAUGCUGAACAUUAGAUACCCCAUGCUAUUCAGGCUUACGAGUAAUGAAAGUGGUAAAGUAACACACGGUGGUGUUCUAGAAUUUAUUGCUGAGGAAGGAAGAGUUUAUUUACCGCAAUGGAUGAUGGAGACCUUAAAUGCACAGCCAGGCUCACUUAUGAAGAUUAACUCCACUGAUGUUCCUUUAGGACAGUUUGUGAAGAUUGAGCCUCAAUCUACAGACUUCUUAGAUAUAACUGACCCCAAGGCUGUCCUGGAGAACGUGUUACGGAACUUUUCAACAUUAACGAUUGAUGAUAUUAUCGAAAUUAGUUAUAACAACAAAACUUAUAGAAUAAAGGUCUUGGAGGUUAAACCGGAAUCUGCAGCCAAAAGUAUAUGUGUUAUAGAGACUGAUUUAGUAACUGAUUUUGCCCCACCAGUGGGAUAUGUAGAACCUGAUUAUAAGGCGCUGAAGGCAGAACAGGAUGCGAAGAGAAAAUCAGCAGCCAUAGAUCCUGUUAAACAUAGUCAAGGAAGUAUGGCUACCAGAAUAAAUUACUCUAAUAUCUUGAAUUCCACAGAUUCAGAGACUAUUCGUUUUGCAGGUGAAGGGCAAAAGAUAUCCGGAAAGCCUAACAAAACUAGUAAAGGAAAACAGGAUAUAAGCGAGAUCAAGAUAUCACUCGAUAGUGAGCCAGCGAGACUUGAUUUACCUGAAGGCCAACUUUUCUUUGGUUUUCCAUUAGUACUACCUAAGGAUGAAAAUGCCGACGAAGAAGAGAAUGACAAGAAGGUGUUUAUUGGGGAAGGGCAAUCAUUAAGAAAGAGUAAGAAGUCAAAGAAAUGA